UUCAGGGUAAAUGUCGUCGGAACCAACUUCUUCAAUCGAGUCGGACAAUCUACGGCGCUCGAAACGAAAGAAGUUCAAGCUCGACUUUGUCGCUGCUGCCCAUGGCAACAACCAGAAAAAGAGUCGUAAGGAUCCUCAUGGGCAGGGAGAUGAUGAUGACGACACUUUUGAUGACGAUCUGAAUCAUUUUGAGCCAUUGAGCGUUCUCACGGAGCAAGACGUUUCGAUGGAAAUGUUUGAAGAUGAUGAAGAGGAUACUGUAAGCCGACGGAGGACGAGACGAAGCACGGCUCAUUUUCAGGAUUAUCAAGAGCCUGACAGAUGGAUUGAGAACUCUGGCCCACAUGCUUGCCAUAAAUGUCCAUCCCGGUACGAGUCGAAAAGCAGUCUGGCGAACCACACAAAAAUGCAUCUUGGCGAGAAGCGGAAGUUUGCCUGUGAGCUGUGUGAUUUCUCGGCGAGCACACUGAAAUCUCUCACUCAUCAUAACAAUAUUCAUCAGAAUUUUGGGGUUCUUAGUCAGCAGACGAGUCCCGUGAUUCCCGUGGCAAGCUCGGCAGAUUCUACACUCAAUUCUUCUAUAAACUCCACUGGAUGCCAAAUCAAUGCUCCACCUGCUCCGAAGCUCGACGAGGAAGCUCCAAUUGCCGUAGAAUCGGUAGUAGUUCAUCAUGAAGACGUUGCCGAAUUUGACACUACACCUCCACCUAUACUAGAACGUGAGGAUGAUGGACCUCCGGUAUUGAUAAGAGAAGCACCGGUUCGUAAAUCGAAUCGUCCAAUGAAACCAACUCAAAAAGCUCAAAAAAUGACAAAGCAACGAGAGCGGAAGUCGAAAACAGUUGAAUCACCGAAAGGAUCACUUCCAUCAUCAUCCGCAUCUUCAGUAACUCCACCACCAGUGAGAAAAGAUGUCGAAAAACCAAAAAUCUUUGUAAAAACUACAAAGAAGAAUUUGAAAAAGACGAUGAAAAUUACAAAGGUUCGUCAACGCUGCCCUCAUUGUCCUUUCACUACAAGUACAGUAACCCGUCUUAAUCGGCAUAGCGGUGGACAUAAACUCAAAGAGGGAUAUAUAUGUCCGUCUGAGAAUUGCAAUUUUAUGUGUAGAAAAGCUGGAUUCCUUCAAAAACACUAUAUCCUCCAUAAAGGUACUCUUCCGUGGCCACCAGAAUAUGUGAAGAAGGGCGGAGCCAAGAUGAAGAGAACUUUUCCAGAAAGUGAAGAAAAGAAGAUUGAGGUUACAGAAAAGGUUCAGAAGAUGAAAAAGAUGCAUAAGAGAAGAGCAAAUACUGUACAAGUUGUGGCAAAGGCGCAGUUAAAAUCGUAUAUAAAAGUUGAAGUUGAUGAUGUAAUUUUCAAAAAAUGCAAUAUCGGAGAAUGUGAAUUCCUUACACAAACAUUGACACAAUUAAUUGUUCACAAGGUCAAGACUCACGAUACGAAAACUGCUUUUCCUCAACAUCGAUUCUUGUGCUUAACAUGUGGUCAUCGUGCCAAAUCAUAUGCGGCUCUUCGUACUCAUAAGCUCAUUGAGCACACCUCUACGCACAAGCGGUUUCAUAGAACGUACUAUUUGAAGGAAUGUGUUGGCGACAAGUUUUUCGUAAAAUAUAAUCUUUCGAAAGUUCAAGAAGAAGUUAAAGAAGAGCCAAAGGAAGCUGAUGGAGAUGAGUCUGGUGAUGAAUCGUUUGAUUCAAUGUGCCCCGCUUCAGACGUCCAUCCUGAAACACUGGCUGCCAUCGAGAUGAAAGAUGUGUUCUUUUGUUGUAAUAUGUGUCCGUACAAGGCACCAACAAUGAAUCGUUGUCAGAGACAUUAUGACAAACAUUUCAAAAAUGACGAGUUCAAAUGUCAAUAUUGUUCGUGGUCAUCAAGAAGUAAAGAAGUGAUUGUCAAUCAUGAGAAGCUACAUCCAACUGUAGUAGUUGCCAAUACCAAUGAGGCCCCAGUGGUGAAGAAUGAGAUAGAAGCCAAAGUAGAAGUGUUAUCGAAAACUGUCUCAUCGCCUGUAGAAUGUACGGAAGAAUCGUCUCUCUCCAAGUCCAUCCAACUCUGGUGUCAACGUGAGAAGCUUCGGCAUCCGGAGCUUGACGAGCAAUUCACAAGAAAGAUGAUAGAUGGUGUCAAAGGAUUCCAAUGCACAGAUUGUCCGUAUACCUCUAAAUACCGAGGUGACAUGAGAUCUCAUAAGAAACGGCAUGAUAUAGAACAAUUGUAUCGUUGUGUUCAAUGCACAUAUACCACGAAUCGACCGGUUUCAUUGAAGGAUCAUCUUAAGCAGCAUGCGAUUGUCAACAUGUCGAUUGCAGAUAUCAAAAGUAGAAGAGUUGUGGUUAAUCAAGGUGUAAAGAUCGGAAUGCGUAGAGGUGUUGGAAAGGAUAAAAUUUACUGCUGCGAUAAGUGUCCAUAUGUAACACUUGCAUUGGGAUGCCUCUGGAGACAUCAUCGGAAUCAUAGAGAUACUGCAAAGAUCAAUAUUUGCUCGAAUUGCUCAUAUAGUUCGAUUGAUCAACGAAAGAUGGAAGAACAUACAAUUAUUCAUCUUGGAUUGGGACUCAAUGAAGCAGUUCCUUUUGUGAAAAGAGUUGAUCAGAAAGGACGACCAGUAUCAUCGUUGACUGAUCUAAAUUCUGAAAAGAUGAAUGAAAGGAAAUCAACUAAACGGAAAAUGUUGGAUAAGGUGGAAAAGAUGGAAGUCGGAGAAGAUGAGGAAGAUGAUGAAGAGUCAGUGGACAAGGGUACGGAUGAUGGAGAUUACAAGCAGAGACCAGAGAAGAAACGGAAACAAAGCAGCGAAGAACCAGCAUCGGAUCCUGAACUAUUCGGUUCAUCAUCUCAGCCAACUCGUCAACUUUCUGAACGAGCUACUAGAAAUCGAAUCAAUUACUCGCUACUUUCCAAAAAUGGAAGUGGAAAGCCAACCCCGUCGACAAGUUCUGCGAAUUUGGAGAAGCUUGCAGGAUCAUCUGGAGGUGCAUCCAGCGAAUCCCCUGAGCCAGACGAGUCGGUUGAGGUGUCGCACUGGAAGAUUCGCACUUUUUUGAGAUCGGAAUAUGGUGUCAAAGAAUCCCUCAAAUGCCCAGACUGUCCGUACAAAAGUUCCGAACCGGAUGUGCUCGAGAAGCAUCGGUACUACCACAUGACAAAAACAACACCUCGACCAUACGCAUGUAGUGACUGUACAUUUAAUACAUAUACUCCAACAGCUCUCCUCCAACACCUCAAACUUCACUCCGAAGGUGUAUACUUUGAUCCAAUGGUGAAAAAGCAUAUGAAGCAUCGGAAGGGCGACUCGAUACCACCCGGUGUCAAGGGAUAUUACUGUAAAAACUGCAGUUUCAAAACGUCUAUUCAUCGAAAUUUCAUCGAGCACUCUGCGUAUCAUCGACAGCAAUUGAUUAAUCGAAUCAAUAUAACUCUGAAACGACAACCUCCUCGAAUCGAGUAUCAGAGACCGAAGCUUAAGCAUCAGUUUGUAGCCAAAAACGCGAAAUACUGCAAGAAAUGCACAUUUAAAUGUGUAUCACAAAGCAAUUUCAUUGAGCACUUGGACAGACAUGGAUGGAAUCAACUUUACAAAUGUUAUAGCUGUGAUUAUUCGGAUAACACAAAAUCUGUUGUCGAUUUCCAUCAACUUAAUCAUCAUAUUGUCAAAGAUCAGACACUACACAGUAUCUGUCAAUCAGCAAAGUUCCGACUCGAAAAUGGAGUAAUACAGAUACCAGAGACUGAGAAAUCAAAACCAACACCGGAUGAGUUCGUCUCCAAGACGCGCGGGUUGCUCAAAUGUCCGAGUUGUGAGUAUUUCUGUCACGUGUCAUCCGAGUUGGCAUUCCACAUGUCAGUGCAUCAUUUGACAGAACCAAAUGCUCGUGAAACAAUAUCAUAUCUUCACAUGGGAUUGGUACCACCAAAAGCUACCGUAACCACCGUUUGAUAUAUUCCAAAAUACAGUUUCGGAAAUUUUUAAUGAUUUAUUUUUGUGAAAAACUUAUUGUUCAUCAUCUCGUAUUAGUCUUACGGGUUGUCAAAAUCCCGAUCCCCCCAAAUCAACUGUCCCACUCAAAAUGUUGUUUCUCUUUUGAAUAUUCAAUUUCUAAAUGUUUCUCUAUUCCUGAAUUUUCAACGUAUAUCUCAACUAAUAAUGUGUAUCUAUUUUAUUCCAAUUAAUUAUUAUCCUUUUUUUCCAAAAUUUUUUUCAUGAUAAAGUUUUAUAUUUAAAU